AUGAAAGCUUUUGCUCUUGCUUCAACACCGUCCAAGAGAGUUGGAUAUCUUCUCGGAUCAUCCGUUACGAAUUGUUUUUCAAAUAUUGGAAAGAGCAGAGGGAGUUGGAUAAAUUGUUAUGAUCCUAAAAUUUCCAAACGAAGAUUUCAUACGAGUGCAGAAAGUUUAGUAAAAAUCGGAAUGUUUGGUGAUAUUCAUUUCCAAGAUGUGGGAUUGGAUCGUGUUGUAGAGACUGGAGAGUGGAUUGUUGAGGAAUUUGAAAAGCAGAAAGUAGACUAUGUGGUGUGCAUGGGCGACGUCCUGAACACAAGAGAAACUGUGAGCGUGAAGGCCCAAAGUAGCGCUUUUGAAUUCUUCGAUAAGCUAGCGAGUAAAAUUCCAAAGGAUGUGCAUGUAAUCUGUGGAAAUCAUGAUUUAAAUUUGAAAUAUGACACAAAAAUCAGCUCUCUAGAUGCACUAGGGUUAAAACUGACUUCUCCAAGCAAUUUAUUUCUGCACAAAGAAAUUGAAGAGGUCGAUAUCGAUGGAAAAAAUUGUGUAAUGAUACCUUAUUAUGAGGACUCAUUUAUAAUCCGUGAUUGGGUUUCCAGCAAGAUCUCGAAAAAUUCUGAAAGCUUGGGUCAAUCGUUGGCCUUUUGUCACAUGGCUAUCAACGGAGCAAUUCAGCGCUACCAAGUGGACAACAAGAACAACAUAUAUUGCAGAACCUUUGAUGAACAUAUUGGAAAAAAUAUUGUGACAGAGAAAAGAAAAGGAAGUGACAAAAAGAAAAAAGAUUCUACUCACGAUAUGGAUUUGCCUGCAGACAACUCCAAAGUUCCUAAAUAUCUGACUCAAUUUCAACGGGUUUUUUCUGGGCAUUUCCAUCACCAUCACUUUUGUGACAAGAAAGUUCUAUAUGUUGGCAGUCCAAUGCAACAUCAUUUUGGUGAUUCAGGAGAUGCAGGGCGAGGCAUUGUAAUAUAUGACACGGAAACAGAUGAAAUCCAUUUUGUUCAAAAUCCUAAUUGGGAUAAGUUUAGAAUUUUGAGGGUCAAAUAUGAGGAAGAUCUUGGAGACUUAGGCCAAUACAAAGGAAAAUAUAUUUCAAUCAUUUAUGAAAGCAUGGACGUAAAUCCGCAAAAGAUUCAGGACAAGCUGUUAGAGGCUGGUGCCAAGUCUGUAAGAAAACAGUCCGUAGUUGUGAGAAAAGUGCAAUCCUCUCUACAGGACAAGGAGGUCUCAAAGGAUGCAGAUGAGAAAGUUGGUCAUCUCAAUUUUGAAGACUUUGUUGUGAAAUAUGUCAAACAAUAUGCCAAUCUUUCUUCCAUGGGAGUGGAAUCCAAGUUCGUUGAAGAUAUUAUUGAAACAGGAAAAGAAAUAAUUUCAACAGUAACAAAACAAGGAAAACAUCAUUUAAAUAUUGGUGACACAUUUAAGGCAAAUUUAAAGUCCAUAACCAUCCAAAAUUUUUUAGGAAUUCAAGGAUGUAUUACACUAGAUAUUAAGAACAUGGAAAAUGGUGUCUGGUUUUUAGAAGGUGCUAACGGCUCUGGAAAGAGCACCCUACUGGAGGCUAUCACUUGGUGUAUGUUUGACAAUUUUUUAAGAUCCGACAUGAGUAAGGUAGAUUAUGCAGUAAAUGACGUCGCCAAAAAGGAUUGUUUGGUACGAAUAGACUUUGAUUCUGGAUAUUCUAUUGAAAGAUUUCGAAAAUACACCAAGACUGGUGCCAGUGAGCUUCCUGACAACAUUGCAAAAUUAUCGCCAGAGAGAAAGGGUACUGGACUUCGAGUAUUCUAUCAAGACAAGUACAUGAGCGAGUAUGAGAAAGGCUCUCUCAAAGAUUCACAAGUAGCUUUGGAAUCAUUGCUAGGGAUUAACUAUGACAUGUUUGCCAAGUCCAUAGUUGUAGGUGAUAAUUCUGUAAACUUUUUAACAUCCGACUCUAAGAAAAGAAGAGAAUUAAUUGAAGACUUAUUGGGAUUGUAUCUAUUUGAUGAUUAUUUAGCUAGCACACGAGAACGAAAGAAAGCACUAGUAGAGAGUGUAUUUAAGGCCAAAACUUUAGAAGAGCAAAUGUUGAAUUCUAUACAAUUGCUUGAGGAGAAUAUUGAACGAAAUGAAAAGGAAAAAGCUUCUAUUGAAGAUCUCAUUCAAAGACUCUCCGAAGAAUAUUUAAAAGUUGUUUCAAGGUCUGAAGAGUCUUCGAAAGCGAAACGUAAUCUUGAGGAGCAAUGGAGAAAAGCUCAACAAUUUGAGAUUGUGAAACAAAACAAGGCCUCUUUGACCGUCAAAAGAAAUUCUUUAGAACAACGAGUUAACAACAAUAUCGCCAAUAUUAGCAGACUGAACAGUGAGGCAACAAACUUCCACAUUAAUGGAAAAACUCAGAUUUCUGAGAUUGAAGCAUAUUUCAACGAAAAGAUCGACCAAAUUCGAAACAAGAUGAAACACGUCUCAGAAUCUAUCAUGUCCAACAAUUUUGAAAUUCGGCAUGCAAAAGAAAAAUUAGAGAAAUUAGAAAAACUAGCAGUUUUAAAUGAGUGUCCAUAUUGUGAACAGAAAAUUGAACAUCAAACUCAUUCUAAAUUUGAACAUGAAAAACAAACUCUCCAAGAGGCAGUAACACAGCUCACUCGAGAUCAAACCACUCAUUCUUUAUCGUUUCAUAAUCUUGAAGAAGAGCUUAAUGAGUUGGAAAGGCAGAAGAGAAGUACAAUCACGAAUCUUACUCGAGUACAACACUCACUAUUACUCACAGAAAAUGAAACGAAAACUCUUCAAUCAGAUUUAGAAUCAGUUGAGAACCAACUGAAAGAGAUUGAAACUCAGUCUAGCUCUCUUGACUCAUCCAAUAUUGAAGAAAUUCAAGAGAAGCUUAAUCAAGUGUCAAUGAUGGAGAAAAGCAUGCUUGAGAAAAAAUACCAACAAGAAGCUCAAUUGAAAGUUCAAAAACAAAAACUCAAAGAUUUAUCUGAACAGACCAUGAAACAAAAGUUUGAAUUGGAUUCGCUUCGAGACAAGCAUGUACAGAGCGCAAAAGAAAGUGAGAAGUUUGAAAAAGAGUAUGCUGUACUCGACUUUUGGGAAAAGGCAUUUGAUCGAAGAGCAAGAAAGUCAAGUAAGGACGACUUUGAGACCAUGAGAUCAUUCUUGCUGGACAAAUCCAUUGAAGAUUUGAACAAUAUUCUUGAAGAGUAUUCUAAGCUUAUUGGAAGUGACUCCCUUCCAAUCACAUUCAAUUCAGAUUUGAUGAUUAACGAAGAUUACGGAAAGAGGUCAUCUGGACAAAGAAAGCGAAACCAUUUAAUGAUUCAUUUUGCAUUAUUCGAACUUGUUCGACAACGAUCAAGAUUUUCAAGCAACUUUUUAAUGUUGGACGAGGUGUUUGAUGCCUUGGACGUCACAGGUCAAGAACAAGCACAGCAAGUCAUUGAAAUGCUUUCCACAAAAAUCGACAAAGUGUUUGUUAUUUCACACUCGACACAAAAUAUGGAAUUCAGAAAGAAAGCGAUCAAGGCAACCAUGACUCCAAAUGGCUCCAAGUAUGAACUCAUUUACAGAUAA